AUGAACGACUCUACUCCGCACUAUCGCGACAACGAUCCCACACCAAAUCCCAAACCGGUAGCGCAGUUUGAACGCGAACAACUACUACAGCAUAUCGUUUUUGACGAGAUCGAAUCAAAGUACGGAGGUGUAUAUAUCUGGCUUGUCGCGUGCGCUGCCGCGCUCGGCGGCCUGCUGUUUGGAUACGACCUGACGGUAGUCUCGGGCGUGCUCGUCAUGAUCGGAGACGACUUUGGCGCGCCACUGACGAGCAGCGAACAGGAAUUGCUAGCCUCCAUUACUUCCAUUGGUGCGUUUCUAGGUGCUCUCAUCGCCGGCUUUCUUCUUGACCGUAUCGGUCGCAAGGCAGUUAUCGGUCUCGGCGCCCUUGUGUUCGCGGUCGGCAGUUUACUCCAAGCUGCGUCCUACUCCGUCGACUCUCUUCUACUAGGCCGAUUUGUCGUCGGACUCGGUAUCGGCGAAGCAGCGAUGGUAGCUCCCAUCUAUAUUGCCGAGAUCGCACCCGCCCAACUUCGGGGCUCGCUCGUCACUGUCGACGGUCUCGCCAUCACUGGCGGUGAGGUCGUUGCCGCUGCUGGAAAUAUCUACUUCCAAGGUUUGCCGCAACAUACCGGCUGGCGCUGGGCAGUCGGUGUCGCUGCCGUUCCCGCGUUCCUGCUCUUUGCUCUGUGCUUUAUCAUCCCCGAGUCUCCACGAACGUUGAUCUUCAAGGACAAGCUAGACGAGGCGUUCGUGGUUACCUCGAAAAUAUACCCGCACGCAACGGCAGAGGAAGUGCACACAAAGAUCGGCUCGAUCAAGUCUCAAUUCCAGCGCGACGCACACUUGCUCAAUCUCUCGACCGCAAAGCAAUUCGAGCUUCUCUUCACCGACCGCGCGAAUCUACGCGCGUUGAUUGUCGCUUGCGGAUUGAUGGCAAUCUCGCAGUUCUCAGGCUCCAACGGCGUCUUCUACUACGCCCCUGAGAUAUUCGGCGUCGUUGGCUUUAGCGACCCGAUUCAAGUCACUGUUCUUGUCGCGCUGACGAAUUUCUGCUUCGGCCUCUUUGCGCUAAAGUACAUCGACACUGUCGGUCGGCGCAAGUUCCUUGUCUCUAGUAUGUGGGGCAUGCCGGUAUGUCUUGUCAUCGUCGCGUUCGGGCUCAACCGCAUUCCAACCGCUGCCGAGGGUACGGAUCCUUCAACUCAGGUCUUGACGUUAAGCGGUAUUGUUGUGUUGCUGGCUGUUUUGGGCUUUAUCGCGUCCUACGCACUCGCGCUCGGUAUCGUCCCUUGGCAAGGAAACGAGCUGUUUCCAAUGGAAGUCCGAUCACUGGGAACAAUGAUGUUGACUCUCACCUGCUGGUCGUCCAACUUCGUCGUGACGUCGACGUUCCUGACUCUGAUGGAGAAGCUAAAGCCAGCCGGUACAUUCCUUCUCUACGCACUAAUCAACUUUCUGGGCUGGAUCGCAGUUAUAUUUUGUUAUCCGGAAGUAAGCGGUUUACCGCUUGAGGAUGUGAAGAACGUGUUUAUGCAUGGGUUUGGCGUCAAAUAUUCCUUGAAGUUGCAGAAUGAGAGGAAGCUUGCGCUGAUCGAGGGUGUUUUGCGGGAUGAGGGGCAGGUGUUUUCAUAG